ACCAAACCAGCAUGGCCUCACUGCUCUCGGUGGUCUGUGCCUGUGAUUUUGAGGUCCAUUUUCCAUGGUCUUGCCAUAGGACCAUAGGCAGAGAGCUCCCUGCAGAGCCUGUGCAGUCUGCACAGAGGAUGAUUUUCUGUGCUCACCUGUCUGUGGCUGGAUGAAGAGGUCACAUAGCUGGUAGAAGUUUAUGGGGUCUGCAUUAAUGUGACUUCUUUGCUCCUGUGAAGAAGAGCUUCUGCUGGUGUCGAAUUUCCUCUCUGCUUUUCUGUACUGCAGCUGAAUACAUGCCAGAUUUCCAAGGAGAAGGAGUUUUCUACUCAGUCCUGCCGCGGAGAGCACAAAGUAGUGGAACUACUAGCAGAGGACUCAGACAACACCUGCUGGGAAUGGCACUGAAAUGCUUCUGCUGCUGACCAGAGUGGCUGCUGGAUUUACUUCCUCAGGUUGGUCGAGUGGCUUUGGCUUUUUGGAAAGGAGCUCUGCCCGCGGCGCCGUGUGUGCGAUGGAUUGAGGCGUGCCCGGCUGCGCCCCAGCCCGGCCCCCGCCCGCAGCCUACAUAGAUGAGAUGGGAAAUUGGGGGCUCUUCUGCACCUUCUGUUACCUGAUGUUCAACGCACCUCUGCUGUUCAUCGUCACCGCUACCUUUACUGAAGUUCCCAAAGAUGUGACUGUUAGGGAGGGAGAUGAUAUUGAGAUGCCUUGUGCUUUCCGAGCCAGCGGAUCCACCUCCUACUCCUUGGAAAUCCAGUGGUGGUACCUUAAAGAACCCACCAGAGAACCUGCACAUGAAUUAGCCAUCAGUGUCCCCGGCAGCAGGAGCAAGGUGACAAUGAAGGAUGCAACCAAAAUCAGUACGGUCCGUGUCCAGGGCAACGACAUCUCGCACCGGCUGCGGCUCUCGGGCGUGCGGCGGCAGGACGAGGGAGUCUACGAGUGCCGCGUGGCGGACUUCAGCGACGACGAGACGCAGGAGCACAAGGCCCAGGCGCUGCUGCGCGUCCUCUCCCGCUUCGCACCCCCCGACGUGCAGGCAGCCGAGGCGGUCUCGCACAUCCAGAGCGGGGUGGCCCCGCGCCGCCACGGCCCCGCCGCCCGGCCCACGCCGCCGCCCGGCCCCGGCAAGCGCCCGCCGCCUCCGGCCGAGGAGGGGAUCCCAGCUACCGCCACCGCCUCGGCGGCCGCCGCUGCCUCCUCGGCCUCGCCGCCGCCCGGACAGGCCGCCAUCCUCCGCCAGCAGCACGGGUCAGGUACAGGACCUGUUUAUGCUACAGACCCACUCCUGUAUAUGUCCCUGUUAAUACUGCAUAAGCUUGUACAUUUAUUAGUAAACCACUGACAGACUAGACUGCUUUCUCCACUGCUCCUCAGCCAAACAAAAAAGGAACCUCUUCAAAACCAGAACAAACCCCUGACAAAAGAAGAAGUACAGUUCUAAAGAUGGAAAGAGAUUGAAAGAAGCAUGGUAAAUUCUAAAUGGGGGGAAAACCAUAUUUUUUUGGGUUGCCACAGAAAGUAAACCACAUAGAAUAAUCCAUCUAGUUUCCAGACUAUGGCAUAAAGCCCUGCUCUGUGCAUGGCACUUACGGUUUCUCUAUUUUAAUGUAAUAUUUUUUCUUUUGUAAACCUUUCCUCUGACUCUUCAUUUUGCACGAACUGUUGAGCAGUUACCUUUAUGACAAUAUGUAAAGAUGUUGGGUCAAAGCCCUUCCUAAGAAAGGAAAUAUUUUUAGUAGAUUAUUGUGUUGAGGUUUUUUGGAUUUCCUUUUUUUCUUUUUUAAUUAAAUUAUUUCUUUUGGAGACAUUUUAAAUAAAAAGGUACAUCUUACCAUAAUUACUAUUCACUGUCAAUAAUAUUUAUUUUUAAAUGAAGAUUGGAAACAAGGUAAGACAUUUGUUUAUAAGCUGUAUUGUAUAUUGCUGAAUAACGGUUGAAUAAAAAGAUUUUGAAAUAAA